UCAACGACAACGAAGCAUUUGAAGUUGUAAGGUCUUGUACUGUGGUUAAACUCUCAGCUUUAGAAUGGGAAUCUUAGAGAAAAUAGCCGAGAUUGAGAGAGAAAUAGCUCGUACACAGAAGAACAAGGCGACAGAAUAUCAUCUGGGAACUCUAAAAGCAAAAUUGGCCAAAUACAGGGCACAACUUUUAGAGCCUACCUCAAAAUCUUCCAAACCAGGCGAAGGUUUUGAUGUUAUGAAAUCUGGCGAUGCUAGGGUGGCACUUAUUGGCUUUCCCUCAGUCGGCAAGUCAACACUCCUUAACAAGGUUACAGCAACCGAAAGUGAAUCAGCGUCAUAUGAGUUCACAACACUGACCUGUAUUCCUGGUGUGAUUGAACACAAUGGAGCAAAUAUUCAACUAUUAGAUUUACCUGGUAUCAUUGAAGGAGCUUCCCAAGGCAAGGGUCGUGGUCGACAGGUUAUUGCAGUGGCACGGACCGCCGAUAUGAUCAUUAUGAUGUUAGAUGCAACCAAAGGUGAUAUUCAGAAAGUUUUGUUGGAGAAAGAGCUUCAGACCUGCGCUAUUCGCCUGAACUGCAAGAGACCAAACAUUUAUUUCAAGCAGAAAAAAGGUGGAGGAAUUGCUUUUAAUGCAACAUGUACCUUGACUCGGAUUAACGAGAAAGUUGUCCAAACCAUUCUGCACGAGUACAAGAUUUUCAAUGCUGAGGUUCUCUUUCGAGAGGAUUGUGGCGUUGAUGAGCUAAUUGAUGUUGUUGUUGGCAAUCGUGUAUACCUUCCAUGCUUGUAUGUUUAUAAUAAGAUUGAUUGUGUAUCACUGGAGGAAGUUGAUCGUAUUGCGCACCUUCCCCAUAGCGUUGUCAUUAGCUGUGGUCUAGAAUUGAAUCUGGAUUAUCUGCUUGAGCAGAUUUGGGAAUACCUUGCAUUGCUUCGAAUCUAUACCAAAAAGAAGGGAUCACCUCCUGAUUUUGAAGAUUGUUUGAUUCUCCGACAGGGAGCAACAGUUGAACAUGUUUGUCACACAAUUCAUAGAAGCAUAGUAGAUGCAUUUAAAUAUGCUCUGGUUUGGGGAACAAGUACAAAAUAUAGUCCUCAACGUGUUGGGAUCAGCCAUGUCAUGAAUGAUGAGGAUGUUAUACAGAUCAUAAAAAAGUGAAAUAAUUGAGAUGAAAUAAGUGAAGGACAUGAGUGACUUUUGUGUAAAAUGUUACUUAAUAUAAUUGACAGGUACAUUCAAAUUAAAAUAAAACAUUUAUUG